AUGGUAAAAAAAGUUACAAAAGUUUUAAUGAGUCUCGGUGGUAUUGCUGCUAGUAUAAAAGAAAGUCAAUCAAAGCAGACACUGGUAGCUCAUGUUUCCCUGGUUGUUACUUCUUCUAAGACAGAAAAAGUUGAGAAACCUGAUACCAUCCCAGAUGCUACUCAGCCUAACAUUGAGAAACUGACAAAAGCACAAGUAGAAGUAGAGGUAAAACUACAAACUGAACAUAUAAAUGUUGGCACUCAGCAGAAGGUAGAGAAACUAACAGAGAAAGAACCUGAACAAAGUAUAGUUGAACCGACAGUCAGCAAGACAGAGAGUAAGGAUGACAGUAAGAUUGAAAAAAAAAUUGAAACACAGAGUGAGAAAAAGGCAGAAAUAGUGAAUAAAGAAGAGACAUGGAAGCUGGAUGAAGAUUUGGUGGCGGAGGUUACUAGAUUGCAGAAGGAAGGCAUCAAAUUCUACAGAGACCGCAAGUUCUCAGUGGAAUCUACCAAGAAUUUCCCUAAAAAUGAAGAAGAAAGGGCUCAGCUCGCUAAGAAGGACAAUAUUUCGUUGCCCUUCUAUUUGGCUUCUUCCCUUAAUGAUAGCCUGGCCGACCAUGCCAAGAAACCUAAAUCCUAUCCCAUUGCUCACCGAGGCCUUAUUUUGUUAAUUUAUGAGCAUUUGAAAGGUAAAGCUAGGGCUAAUAGGGAUGACACCUUUGUGGAGAAUGCCCACAUUUCUGAGGGUUAUGAUGGCUCUGAUUCUGAUGAAGAUUCUUAUAAUCUUCCUCUGCAUAAUAAAUUGAGGGUUAGUGAUGAAGCUAAAGAAGACAUGAAAGAGAAUGCUGGGUCUAAGCAGGAACAGGGGAAGGAGGUGGAAGAAGAAGCGGAGAAUGAGCAAGAGAAGGAGGUUGAGGGCGAGGAAGGGGAUGAGCAGAGAAAAGAGGAUGUUGAAGAGCUAGAAGCGAAGGAUAAUCCUUAUGUCUCAGAUAGCAGGAAUGAUGUUCAACACAACAUGGAGGAGGGAAACCCUAGGUCCGUGGACUCUACUCUAGUUAUGGAGAACGUGAAUUCCAUUCUGAAUGCUGCCAGAAAUAGUACCCUGGAAAUGUUCAAUUUUCAAAAAUGGGUGAUUGAUAACAUCUCCAGUAUUCAGAAUAAACAGAGAGACUUGGAUUAUAAAAUUAAGAAGUUGAUUAAGGAUACCAACAUUAAAGGUAAAAAGGAUGUUGCGGAGGAUACUAGUGAUGCAGAGGAUGAAGAAUAA